AUGAAGGCCUUUUCCAUCUCAACCCUUGCGACCCGUGUCGCCGCUCGACCAUGGACCUGCUCGACCUGCCGAAGCCAAUUGGUCCGCAGUAAGACAUUCCAGAACGUCAGAGCAAGGGGCUUCGCCUCGGGGAAGACCUCACGAGGUUCCAAUGGCCGGAGAACAGGCCCCAACCGUGCUGUUCUGUAUGCCUCGGCUGGCGCUGCGACUGUGGGCGCAACCACCCUCGCCUUUACCGACGAUAUCAAGAACAGCUACGAGGCUGCGGAGCGGACAGGCAGAGUCGCAGUUGCGCUCGCCGUGUUUUUCAGUUACCGAACGACGUUGAAUGCUAGAGAGACGACCGUAGACGCGCAAGAGCAAGAUAACCUGCUAAACGCCUGCCAUAAACGAUGCGCCGAACGAACUCUUGUUGUACUAGAAAAGAAUGGCGGAAUCUUUAUCAAACUCGGACAGCACCUGAGCGCCAUGAAUUAUCUCCUACCCCCCGAGUGGACCACCACAUUCAUACCCCUACAGGAUAAAUGCCCUGUUUCGUCGUUUGAUUUGGUUGAGGAAAUGUUUCGCAAGGAUACGGGAGAGGAACUCUGGGACUACUUUUCCGAAUUCGCUUCCGAGCCCAUCGGCGCUGCCUCUCUUGCCCAGGUACAUCUCGCAACGAUAAAGGACUCGGGUCGAAAGGUGGCCGUCAAGGUUCAGCAUCCGGAGCUAGAAGCCUGGGCUCCCCUAGAUCUCGCUCUCACCAGGUACACCUUUUCGACCCUGAAGCGGUUCUUCCCCGAGUACGACCUCGAAUGGCUGUCUUCCGAGAUGGACGUUUCUCUCCCCAAGGAGCUGGACUUUCAAGAGGAGGCCAACAAUGCCCGACGGAUGAAGGAGCACUUUGCAAAGAUUCCUCAUUUGCCGCUAGUUAUCCCAGAGGUGAUAUGGGCCAAGAAGCGAAUCCUGGUCAUGGCCUGCGAGUCUGGACGACGUCUUGACGACCUGGAGUUUCUGGACAGCAACGGCAUUGACCGCGAUGAGGUGUCGGCUACACUAGCUCGCAUCUUCAAUGAGAUGAUCUUUGGCAAUGGCGCACCUCUGCAUUGCGAUCCUCACGGCGGCAACAUUGCCAUCCGCAAGAACACUUCACGUCGAUCUCUCGGACGGGGUCCCAAUUUUGAUAUAAUCCUAUACGACCACGGUCUUUACCGUGAUAUUGAGCUUCCCCUGCGGAGGUCAUACGCCAAGAUGUGGCUCGCGGUCAUUGAUGGUGACAUAGACCGCAUGAAGAAGUACGCUCACGAGGUGGCCGGCAUUGAGGACAAGGACUUUCCCCUAUUUGCGUCCGCCAUCACUGGCCGUGAUUACAGCAUCGUCAGCAAGUCCGGUUCUAUUCUUCAGACUCGCACACCCGAUGAGGAAAAGACUAUGACCGGUGCUCUUCAGGAGGGUCUGAUCGUGGACCUCGUCCAGCUCCUCAGCCGAGUCCCGCGCAUCAUCCUUUUAAUCCUCAAGACAAACGACCUCACUCGCAGUCUGGACGAGAACCUCCAGACGAGACAGGGUCCCAUCCGUUCCUUCAUGAUCCUCGCUAGGUACUGCACCCGCACCGUCUUCCACGAACAACUCGACGAGAUCCACCGAAACGGCUCCUACCUCUGGCCCCUCAACGCCAUACGGGUGUUUGCCGCCUGGGUGGGCUUCAUGCGUGUAGAGGUCAAGCUGGAGGCGUUUGAGCUGUGGUUGUUUGCGAAGAGGAUGCUGGGCCUGCGGAGCGUCGAGUUUUCGGGGGCGGCGUUGUAA